AGACCAAAUAAUUAAUUCAAAUAUACAGAUAAGUCCAUAUUAAAAUUUUGAAAGGGGAAUAUUAAAAAAAAAUUAUUAUUAUUAUUAUUUGUGUUCUUAAUUGUGUAGGGAGCGCAAAUCAGUUUCUUAAUUAUAUAGAUUUUUUUGGUGUUUCGAUUUUCGUUUCGGCACAUUUGUAAUUGCGUAAUUUGAUAUUUGAUUUAAAUAAUAAUAUGGCAGUCGUUUAGAUAUUAAGUUUUUAAAUUUUUUGUAUUUUCUCAGUAAUUUGUACGAAUAUGCACUGCCGAUAUGUUUAUAAAUAAAUAAUAAUCUUUGUUAUAAAUUUACAUAAUCAUAAGCAAUAAAUUUUUGUUCUUGAUAAUCAAAAAUAUAUAAACUUUAUCGAACUUGACUUUAGAAUAUUAUAGAACAAAACAGAGUAAUGUACCACAGUACGAUACAAACAGUCAUGAGAGAAACAUAAUUUCGUGAUUUUUAUACAUUCUACAUUUAUAAGAUUAUUUAAAAAAUGACAAUAUUCAAAAAGAAAUUGUUUAACAUUUCGUUAAUAUUGACGAUAAUUUUGAAAGUAAAUACAGAAGAAAUUUCACCAAGUGUAAUUAUUGUCGGUGCUGGAGUUUCAGGAAUUGCAGCUGCAUCGAAACUUUUUCAAAAUGGUUUUAAAAAUAUUAAAAUUCUCGAAGCGGAAAAUAAAAUUGGAGGCCGUAUUUAUACAACACAAUUUAAAAAUUAUGUUGUCGACUUGGGUGCUCAAUGGGUUCAUGGAGAAGAAGGAAAUAUUGCUCUCGAAAUAGUACAGCCAUUGGGAUUAGUUGAAAAAAGUAAUCUCACAAGUCGUCAACACAGAUUUUUCAAUUCUUCCGGAAACAAAAUAGCGGAUCAAGCAAUUAUUGAUGAUUUCAAUGAUUUUUACUAUCAAAUUGAUGAGAAAUUGGCAGAAUAUGCUAAAGACCAGGCAAAUGUAUCAAAAGGGGAAUAUUUUACAAAAGAAUUUAAUAAUUAUUUUAAGGCCCAUUCAGAUCUUAAAGAAAAUGAGAAAGGACUACUUCAUUUGAUGAAUAUGGUAACAAUUAUUGGAGACGCUGGCGAUAGUUGGUGGGACAUAUCGACAACAAGUGCAUCAGAAUAUCAUGACAAUGUAGGAGAUCACUUAAUAAAUUGGAAAGAACGUGGAUAUGGAACUAUGUUGGAUAUACUCAUGAAACGUUUUCCAAAUCCUGAGGAAGAAUUACCUGUUUUAAAUAAUACAAUUUUAAAUGCAGAAGUUACUUCAAUUAAUUAUUCGGAUCCAAUUGGAAAAGUUAAAGUAAAAACUGCAAAUGGUGAUUUAUAUUUGGCAGAUCAUGUAAUUUACACUUGUUCCUUGGGGGUUUUAAAAGAUGAACACAAAUCUCUCUUUCAACCUCAUUUAUCUGAAGAGAAGCAAAAAACAAUUAAGGCACUUGGUUUUGGUGUUGUAGGUAAGAUUUAUCUCUAUUUCGAUGAACCUUGGUGGUCCGAAGAUUCUUCAAAAAUUUCAUGGGCAAAUUUUAUUUGGAAUGACAAAGAUUUCGAAAUGUUAGAAAAUGAUCCAAAGAAAAAAUGGCUUUUGGGCUUAGUUGGAUUUGAUCUUGUUGAACAUAAACCAAAAUUACUCGAAGGAUGGUUAGCUGGAAAUUAUACACGAGAAAUGGAAAAACUUUCGGAUGAAGAAAUUUUGAAUCAUUGCAUUGAAGUUUUACAAAGAUUUCUUGGAAAAACAUACAACAUUACUACACCCAGUGGAAUGAUAAGAACAAAAUGGAAUAGUAAUAAUCAUUUUAAGGGAUCGUACAGCUUCAGAAGUAUGAAAAGUGAUGCUGAAAAUAUUUGGGCUUCAUCACUAUCAGAACCAAUUGAUGAAAUAAAUCCAAAAAUUUUAUUUGCCGGCGAAGCAACAAAUCCACAUCUGUUUGGUACUGUUCAAGGUGCAAUCGAAACUGGAUGGAGGGAAGCUGAGAGAAUUUUAGCAAUGCAUUCAAAUAUAGCAAAAAAUUAGGAGAAAUUUUCAAAAAAAAAAACUCAAUAUUUUAAUCCAAAUGAUUCUUUAAUUAAAAUCUAAUUUAAAAUUCGAAGUUAUUAUCGCAAGACAUGAAUUUUGAUUUAUAUCUCCAGUUAUUAAUUUCGAAAAAAAGUCUAUAAAUUUGCAUGUUACUAGAAAUUUAAUAAGAAAUAAAACCUUGUAUUGUAAAUAAGAUCUUCUUAUUUAUAUUUAUCCAUAGAAAUUAUGCUUAAUUGCAUUCAGAUGAAUACGUAAUUGUUUACAUCGCGCGCUAAUAAAUUCUCAUUUGGAAUUAAAAAAAAAAAGAAGUAGAUUAUCGAAUGCGACCUUUUAUAAUAAUAGAUCAGUUAAGAAUAAUCGGUUAAUAUAAUUGAAAUCGUCGUCCGAGAAAGAUCAUUUUCAAAAGAUUUUUUAAAAAAGUAGAAAUGCUGUUCAAAAAGAAAUUUCUUAGUAUUUUUUUACUCUUUUUAUUGUCAAUUAUUUU